CUUUUGUCAGUUCAAAAUUUGGACUCGGGAGUCGGGUUUGCUGUUUGCUUGUCUUCUGUCGAAUUAAAAUGUGAUGUUUUCUCGCUUAAAUUGCGCUAUAAACCUUUCACUUUCUUAGGAAACUAGUAUUUACUGUAAAAAGCGUGACAUCGAAUAUCUCAACCUCCAAUGGCUCUUGUUUAACUUUUCGCACCUGUAUAUUCUAAUAAUACAAACCUUUUUAAUUGGGCUGCUAUGGCUUAUUGACAACGUUUAAUAUCAAAAUGGGUUUGGAUUUUGAUGUCUUUGAAUUCUGCAAAAAAUUGCGUCAGAACAGGCCUCCUCCGUAUCAGUGUCCACUAGAGAAAUGUGAUAAAGUAUACAAGAGUUUAUGUGGUUUGCAAUAUCACUUAGUAAACUAUGACCAUGACAAUCCAACACCGGCGACACCUUCAAUUGCAAGCAGUCGCAAGAAAGGCAGAACUCGAGCUGCUGUGCCUACUGGAGAUAUCGCACUUCAAAGCCCACCUAAGGAAGCUUUGACUUUUGCUGAGGCACAAAAAGUGGUGCAGUUUGAAGUUGAUGGAAAAAUUAGUAGAAUACCAAUUGACCAGCCACUGCCUAUAGUUUCAUUGGAAGAGUGGGAGAGAAAAAAUGCAGAUUUAGAAAAGCCUAUGCCAUUUGUAGAGCCACCAUCAGAGCCUCAUGUUAAAUUACCAGAGGCUACAUUCCGUCUAAUACCAGAUUAUAAUGCACGGGUAUGUGACGCACCACCUCGGCCAAAUGCAUACAUACGUUUCAUAGAGAAGUCGGCCGAGGAAUUGGAUGGUGAAGUGGAAUAUGAUGUUGAUGAAGAAGACACAGCCUGGCUGGCCAUUAUCAAUAAGAACAGAACCAAACAAGGUCUACCACCCGUCUCCGUAGAUACCCUGGAGCUACUCAUGGAUAGAUUAGAAAAGGAAUCAUAUUUUCAGGCUACACAGAACGGCCAGCAACCUGCGGCAACGGUGGACGAAGAUGCUGUGUGCUGUAUAUGCAUGGACGGGGAAUGCCAGAACACCAAUGUGAUCCUGUUUUGUGAUAUGUGUAACCUGGCCGUCCACCAGGAUUGUUAUGGGGUGCCAUAUAUACCAGAGGGACAAUGGUUGUGCAGACGUUGUCUUCAAUCACCAUCACGACUUGUUAACUGUGUGCUAUGUCCCAACACUGGAGGAGCAUUCAAGCAGACAGAUCAAGGCACUUGGGCGCACGUCGUCUGCGCCCUCUGGAUACCAGAAGUUCGCUUUGCAAAUACAGUGUUCUUGGAACCUAUUGAUUCAAUAGAGAUGAUUCCGGCUGCUCGUUGGAAGCUUCAGUGUAUGGUGUGCAAGCAGCGGGGUGCUGGUGCUUGCAUACAAUGUCACCGUAGCAACUGUUACAGCGCCUUCCAUGUCACAUGCGCCCAGCAGGCCGGUUUGUAUAUGAAGAUGGAAGCGGCCGGAUCUGGCCGUGAUCCCAGUCAACCAGUUCAGGUGGCCAAAAUGGCGUACUGUGAUGCACACACACCAGCACAUGUAUUACAGGAGAGGAGAGCUUUGGAGUCGGAAGGUGAAAGUAAAUCUUCAGAUUUGACUUCCAUACGACAGAAAGGAAGGGAGAAGAUAAAACAGGCUCGGAGAGUGUUAGCGUUGAAGCGUACGUGGGCGCCGGUAGUGUUGGUGCCGACAUUACCACCUGAACGUGUUGCUGAGAUUGCCCAACUGUCACACGGGACGCCCGCGGCUAGAGCACAGCUGAUGAAAAGACUUCUCGCUUACUGGACCCUCAAAAGACACAGCAGGAACGGGGUUCCACUCCUUAGGAGGCUACAAAGCCUGACCAGCCAUCACGGGAGCCGAGGUAUCCAAGAUGGCACUGUGAAUGUACGAGAACUCUGCAAUCAACUCAAGUACUGGCAGCGGAUAAGACAAGAUCUGGAGAGGGCUAGAUUGCUGUGUGAGUUGGUACGUAAACGAGAGCGUCUCAAGGCGGAAUACACUCGUGUUUGGGAACGCUGUGUAUUGCAUACGCUCCGACCUGAACGUGCCAUGCUGAGCAAGAUGCUGCGGAUGAUGAGACACGCUGACCACAGUGACGUGUUCACGGAGCCGGUCGACCCGCUAGAGGUUCCAGAUUACAGCACCGUCGUAAAGCAUCCCAUGGAUUUAAGUACCAUGGGCAAGAAAUUGGACAGAGGCAUUUAUAAGACCAUAGAUGACGUAGAGGCAGAUUUCCAACUAAUGAUAGACAACUGCCUCACAUAUAAUAAAAAGGAUACAGUGUUUUACAAAGCUGGUGUCAAGAUGAGGGAGCAGUGUACGUCUAUAUUUCGUCAAGCACGUCGUGACGUCAUAGAGGCGGGUCUGCCGUCGCUGGCAGGGGAAGGGGACGCAGAGGAAACUUACACACCCGGACGCACACACGCACAGAAACACACACAGUCUAGGCGCAGGAGUGUAAGAAACACAAGCAGCGACAGCGAUCGUACAGCCGAUACUCGAAGCGAGCGCGGCGUCUCCCUGGCACGUAGCGAACGACGACACACCAGCGCAUUGAGAGACAGUGACGACGACAUUAAUGCGCGCGAGCCGUCGCCGGCUAAGAGCAAGGUGAACCGCAAUUGGUGGCGUGGCCGCGGUCGUGGUAGGGGCAGGAGGGGGCGGAGGGGCCGCGGGAGAGGGGGACACGUGUCGCCUCGACCACUCAGAGACAACGAUACUCCGACGACGGAUUCAGAAGCUCCUAUAGUUAAAUCGAAGACUGUUGAGCGAACACAAAAAUUGGUCACACCAGAAAAGUCACCAACUAAGCAACUGGAAAGUACUGGUCUAGGACUGCUGGGUGGUUUGAGAAAACCUACUUUGCUUGUGACGCCCUCGAUAACCACCCCUCCGAAGAGUUUUGGUUCUGAUGCCACUUUGCCAACACUAUCAGCCAGCUUGGGACACACAGAACCCUCGCCCAGGAAGAAGGGUCGCGGUCGUCCACGGAAACAAGACAAGACAACAGAUCUAUUCAGAGGGGACUCGGAGGUCCUAGGAGGAGCAUCGUUCCUUCAAUACCGCGGUCCUCCCGGGGAAGUCGGCUCGGAUAGCGAUUUGGCACUAUCAAGGUCGUCAAGCAGUAGUUCAGCGUGGUCGCAGUCAUGUUCCUCGUGCACACACUAUGACGACGAUAGAUCUGGCGAUGACAGUUCCAGCGAAGGUUCUAGUUACAAUGAAACGUUGGAUUCGUUAGAAAGCCGCGGUCCGGAGCCCAGACGUCGCGGCCGUCGGGCCGAUGAGGGAGUCGACCGCACUCAGCCAGCAACACCCGUCAAGGGCCGUGGUACAAGAUCUUCUACGUCCAAGACUCCGGUGAAAGUGACACAAUCAGAUGUUCUGCUUGAGCCGUUGCAGUUAGUAUGGGCAAAGUGCAGAGGCUAUCCUUGGUAUCCCGCACUAAUAAUAGAUCCGAAGAUGCCAAAAGGUUACAUAUACAACGGAGUUCCUCUACCAGUGCCUCCUCAAGAUGUACUGAACCUCAAGAAGAAUUAUGCUCACGAACCAGUAUUGUACCUAGUUCUAUUUUUCGACGUUAAACGAACGUGGCAAUGGCUGCCUCCAAAUAAGUUGGAAAUCUUGGGCCUAGAUAAGGAGAUAGAUGAAGCCAAACUGGUGGAGUCACGGAAACCGACCGACAGGAAGGCUGUCAAGAAGGCUUAUGGUGAUGCAAUGCAGUUCCGGAAGCAGGUUGACGGUGAUAAAUGACACAGGUUUAGAUAUCGGUCCAGGAGACCGAUUCGUACACGAGCAUUCACCUUUGGAACAUUCUCUUUAAUGCAUAUACGAACACCCGACACCACAGAUUCCAGUGAUUGAAAAUAAUCAUUUUAUAAAAUUAUAUUAUAGUUCAAGCAAACUCUGCCGUUAAUUGUUGACAUGAAGUACUUUAAAUAUGUAUACUUAACAUUUGCAUGUUUGUUUUUUUUUUUUAAUUUAAUCGUGACAUUAUUAGUAUCUCAGAUCUGAUAUUAAUAUAUAAAAUAAAAAUAACUUAUCAUUGCGACUUAUAUAAAUAGUAUUCUUUAAUAUCUUUAUUCAUUAGAAUAAUUAAAAUUUGGAUUGUAGAUGAAGUUAUAUGUUAAUGUGGUGUGUUUAUAUAAAUAUGUAUUAGUUACAAUGUAUUAUAACAUCAAAUAAUAAAUUUAAAGAAUAAAUGAAUUUUCUCUGAAAUUUUGACAUGUAAGGUUGACAUUUUAUUAGAGCGGUAUUGCUACAUAAUUGUAUUAAGAAUAACAAAAAAAUAUACAUGAAAGAUUAUAAGGAAUUAGUCCGUGAACUAAUGAAAUAAAGCUUUUUAAUUAUUAAAUGUUGUGCAUGAGUUUACAGUUGUUUCUAAGAUUUUUUUUUUGGAAUAGUAUUACAUUAAUAUAAAAAUUAAUUUUCAAGUUAGGCGGCUUAUAUAGAUAUAUGAGAUUGUAAUCUAUCCUUAGUAGUUAUUAUGUUCUGAAUAGUAAUUAUGUUUAUAAGGAGACGAGUUGUUUAUCUACAGGAGAUAGUUUUUUCAAAGCUUUUAAUGUGACUACUGUUAAUCUAAAUACAAAUCUGGAGCUGUAAUUAAUGUUAUUUUUGUAAGUGUUAAUUACUGUGUUGUUUUCUUGUAAUAAAAUAUGAACUUUCCGAAA